UUUUAUAUAAUAAUUAAUAUUUCACUUUUCAAGGAAAUAUAUUUUUUAACUUUAUUUUAUAAAACUUAAUUAUUUUGUGUUAAAUACGAAAUAUUUUUCUCAGAUAUUUUUAUUAUGAUGUAAUCUCUCUUCUUUAAAGUUCAAUAUGCCUACCAUAGCAGAAGGAGGUCCAGAAUAUACAAAGUUAUUAUUUAACUACACUCGUAGUUGGACAGAAGAUCUUCCUAUUUGUAAAGUUUCAGGAGUUGGGUACUUAAAUCGACAAAGGUAUAAUGAAACAGGUCAAUUACGUGAAGAUAUUGAAUCUGAAGAUAUUUGUCUUAGAUGUUGCUAUGAUGAUGGAGCUAUAUGGUUAUAUGGUCUUUUUAAUGGUCAUAAUGGAGUAGUAGCUGCUCAGCUUGCUCGGGAUCGUAUUGCAGCUGAAAUUUUACUAGGAAAUCUUUCAUCUAUAGAUUUAGAUCAAAUAACAAGAGAUUUAAUUUUACAAAGUUUUGUAUCUGUAGAAGGAACUUAUCUCGAUACUAUUGACAAUAAACUACUCCAACGAGCUAGUCUCCAACUACAGCUUCCAGAAACUAUUUCCCAUUAUGAUGCUUAUCAGCAAUAUCCACAAAUUAUAGAAAAAUUAAAAGAGUUGAAUGAAGAAUUAUCUUGUGGUACUGGAGCUGCUAUAGCAAUACUUAAAAAUGAUCAUUUAUUUGUUGCUAAUGUGGGUGAAAGCAGAGUUCUUUUGUGCAAAACUGAUCAAGACAAUGUUUUAAGAGUUGUACAACUAAGCGAAGAUCAUAAUUUAAAUAAUUUAGAUGAAGUCACUAGGUUGAAAAAUCUUGGAUUACAAGUGAAUGAUGGAAAAAUUAAUGGUAGUAGAAAGAUAGGGAAUCAAACAGCUACAAGAUGCCUUUGUAAUUAUAUGAUUAAAGGAGCAUACAAAGAUUAUGAUGAGCUUAGGCUAGCAUGUUCUGAACCAAUAAUUGCUGAACCCCAUAUUAUUGGUGGAGUUCCAAUAGAUUCUUCAUAUAGAUUUAUGAUGAUUGCUUCUCCUAAUCUUUUAAAAAUACUAGAAGAAGCUACUGGGACUAAUCAAGUGAAUAAAGAGUUGGCAUUAUUGGUUGUAGAACAAUUGAGAGUGCAAUCGACUUUAACGGGUGUAGCACAAGCUGUUGUAGAUCAUAUAGCUAGAAUUCAUCAUGAUACCUAUGAAGCACAAGGUAAUAUUGCUGGUGCAAUACGACCAAAUAUUAUGUUAGUGGUUCGUAAUUUCAAUUUUGCAAUGCCAAACGCUAUUACAGAACAGCAACACAGUUGGAAUAGUUCAUAUGAUCAAGAUACUGCCAUAAAUUUAACUGAAACAAAUACUUCAACUACAACUGAUCCAUCAAGUAGUUCAACUAAAAAAAUAUUGCCUUAUGUAGAUUUUAGUGAAUUCAAUUUCAAUGUAGAAAAAGCUAAUUUAAAAGGUACAUUGCCUCCUAACAUUAACUUUUUCUAUUAAUACUUUUAUGCAAUUAAUAUUGUGUACACUUAUUAGUCAUUUUUUUUUACCAUUGAUUUAAUGUUAUAAUUUAUAUAAUGAAAAAUAAUUA